CUCUACUCUCGUUUAACACACAAUCGGCCAUCGCUUGCAAAAUAAAUAAUAGAAAAGAACACACAGAAGUGAAAUUCAAUUAAAUAAAUAGUAUUUAUUUAUGCAUCAAUCGUUGUGAUUGACAUAUAGCAAAUCGAAAAUAUAUAGCAUACAUGCAAUUUAUUUGCAGUGGUGUGGCGUGGCGCAGCUGGAGGCUUAAAUAGGGCAGCGGCGUGGCGAGGCGGGGCGACGGAAGACGAGUGUAAAGAAGCAAUUUGUGGAUUUGGAGCACGCAGGCUGUUUGGUGAAAUUUCUGUUGUUGUUGCAGCGCCACCUCCUGCCCACAGCGCGCACACACACAUUCACACACAUACAUCGCAUACAAAUACAAGAUGCUGUGUAUACAAUAUUAGCGAGGAGGAAAAUUUAUGCUUUUGUAAACUAAACAAAAGCUGUGAAAGAAACGAAACAACAAGCGGAAAGUGGAAGCUGGUGAAUGCAAAGUUUAGAAUUUUUCAGUCGGUAAACAGCGCAUGCAAUGGCAACAAGUCAAGAGCAGCAACAGCAGCAAGUUGCAUCAGCCACAGCCGCAACUACAACAUCAGCAACAACAUCUCCCCUAUUAAGACAACGACAGGCAAAUGGCGGUAACAGUCACGAGACGGCUUUAAAUGGUAAAGCAGCAACACCAAUUAACGACUACAAUUCCGGUACUUUUAUGAAACUGAAAACCUACUUGCUGGCGCUGCGUCCUUGGUCGCUGUCCGCCAGCUUGGUGCCCACAUUGCUGGGCUCUGCGUUGGCUUACCGCUCGCAGUGGUCAGCGGACUUCUCGCUGGUCACGUUCUUUCUCACCGCAUUCACAGUGGUCACCGUGCACUGUGCUGGGAAUGUGGUCAAUACUUACUUUGAUUUCAUCAAAGGCAUCGACAAACAAAAGGCUGACGAUCGCACACUGGUCGAUCACAUACUCACAAAGGAUGAGGUGGUUUCACUUGGCGCUAUUUUAUAUUUGGCUGGCUGCGGUGGCUUUGUGCUUCUCGCCGUACUAAGUCCAGCUAAAAUGGAACAUUUGGCUUUAAUUUAUUUUGGCGGUCUAUCAUCGAGCUUCCUUUACACCGGGGGCAUUGGUUUCAAGUACAUUGCACUCGGAGAUCUGGUCAUUUUGGUGCUUUUUGGUCCCAUUUCGGUGCUGUUUGCUUUCAUGUCGCAAACAGGUCAUGUGGACUGGACUACGAUGGGCUAUGCAAUUCCACUCGCUCUCAACACGGAGGCAAUACUGCAUAGCAAUAAUACACGCGAUGCGGAAAGUGAUGGCAAGGCGGGCAUUGUGACUCUGGCCAUACUCAUUGGGCGCACUGCAUCGCAUGUGCUGUAUGCCAUGUUGCUAUUCACACCUUACUCACUGUUCUUCAUCUUUGGACUGAAGUAUUCGCUUUGGUUCCUGCUGCCGUUGAUAACGCUGCCGCAGGCAUUUCAAAUCGAGAAACGUUUCCGGGAUGAGCAGACGAUGCAUGUGGUGCCCAAGCAGACGGCGAAGCUGAACUUUUUCUUUGGCAUCCUCUACAUCAUUGCCUGUUGUUGUGCCCAACAGUUGCCGACGUUUGUUUGGCGCAAGCAUUAAAUGCAACAUUUUGGUGUGGAGAUGGCAACGUCUUUGAAACAGUUUUUGCAACAGUUUUAGGGAAUUUCAUUAGUUGUAAAUGUCUUGUUUUAUUUUUUUAAUUUGACUUUAGUGAAUUGUUUUGUAUGGAAUUUGUAAUUGUAUUUGCCUCAAGUUUGCAGUUGCACAAAAUGUUAAAAUGCUUUGCUAGUCUCCUAGUCUCUAAAACUAUCACUACAACUACAACUAAUACAAAAAGCUACAGCUAAAGCUAACUCUUAAUUAUUAUUACUAGAACUGAACAUAUCCCUCAGAAGCUCUCGACCCUUAAGAGCAUUGACUUAACUUGAUCAUACACAAACUUUCACUUUUAUUUAUUUCACCAGAAUCUUUGAAAUCGAAAUGUAUCAAAGCCUCUAGUUUUUAUAUAUAUAGUAUGAUAUGUACUUAGGUACACACUCUUCCUCUCGCGCGUUGGAAUAUUGGACCAAUAUCGUUAUAGCGUCGGCGUGUGCAACAAAAUAAUUAAAUCAUUAAAUGGCCUAGAUAUAUACUAUUACACAUACAUGAACUCACACUCACACAUAAAUAUACAUACUUAUACAUAUAUAUUCUAAAGUUAAUGUUACUUUAUAGAAAUGCUUGAAAAAUGUGCAAUUAAGUUUACGACGAAUGGACAAUGUUCGCUUUGCUUUUUGGUGUGCAGCAAUUGUUAGCGUUUUUACAUACAUACACACGCGCAUAUUUAUAUAUAUAUUUCCGCAUAUAUACAUCUCUAUAAAUAUAUAUAUUUAUAUAUAUAUAAUUAGAUCAUGUAAGCCCAGUGUCUAGAAGCAGGCUCAAGAGUGAGAAUAUAAACACAAAAAAGACAAAACUUCAUAUUUUAAAAUGAAACACAAAAAAAGAACAAGUAAAAUGAAUAAUGCAAAAUCGUAUAUAUAUUAUAUACAGAAUGAAUCGCCAGA